AUGGCCAACAAUCAAGGGUGCAAGAUUACCCUUUAUUGGCUCGAGCAAUCUCGGAGUCAUAGAAUCCUCUGGCUUUUGGAAGAACUGCAGUUGGAAUAUGAGCUCAAGAUUUUCAAGCGUCGAGCUGAUAAGCUCGCCCCGGCUGAGCUGAAGGAGAUCCACCCGCUGGGCAAGUCGCCGGUGAUAACCAUCCAGGCACCGGGCGCCGCGAAACCACUGGUUUUGGCAGAGUCUGGUGCAGUUGUGGAAUACCUCUGUGACCACUUUAGUACUGCGCGACCGACGCUAGUACCACAACGGUACACGCCCGGUAGCGAGGGCGAGGUGGGCGGAGAGACCGAGGAGUGGAUGCGCUAUCGUUAUUUUAUGCAUUAUGUGGAGGGUAGCCUGAUGCCUUACUUGGUGAUGACCCUUGUCAACGAUUCCAUUCGGAACGCCCCACCAUUCUUUGUUCGACCUAUUACCAACAUCGUGGCCUCGCAAGUUGAGAAUCAGUUCCUGACCCACAAUGUUGAAGGUAACCUCGCCUUCCUUGAGGAACAGCUCCGCACAUCUCCCGAGGGUGGCGAGUUCAUAUGCGGCAAGGAGCUGACAGCUGCCGACAUCCUGCUGAGUUUCCCAGUAAUCGCUGUUACCACGCGGUCGUUGAAGGAGGAGAAGAACAAGGCUAAAUACCCCCUUCUUGUCGAGUAUGCUAACCGGCUCGAGAGAAAUGAGGGAUACCAGCGUGCCGUGAAGAAGAUUGAGGAAAUUGAAGGGAAGUUCUCGGCCUCUAUGUAA